AUGUCUCAGGCUUCUCAACACCGGUUUUUCCCAGCUCCCAAGAAGAAGAAGAAGACCCCAAAUACUCAGCAAACACCAGCCAAAAAAGCUUUGACUCAAAUCACAAACCUGAGUCGAAGUCAGCCAUUGGGAUUGCAAUCCCAAAGCCAAGGCACCCCAAAUUGUUCUCUGUGCAAUCAAACUAAGUGCCGGAUAAGCGAGCGUCAUAAGUCUGGACCUGAGGAACCUCUGUUGAAGCAGACUAAAACCACGACUAAAAUAACCAAACCGCAACCGAAGAAAGCUUCUGCACCCAAGAAGCCAAUCGCUAAAGGUCAAGGUAACGAGAAGCAAGCAAGACAACUCUCUUCCCCUCCUAUUCCUCCCCCUCUCACACCUCCUUUGCCUUGCCGAGGGCCCAAUGCAUCCCGACCUUGUGAUCUGCACAAUUUAUUUAGCCUUCCCGGCCCUAUUGAGCUGAUUUCAAUCAACAUUGCAACCGUUCCAAUCUUGACGAUCAUCACAUUGCUAUGGGCCAAUGAAUAUGCACUUGUGACACUGGCUCUAUCAAACCGUCAACAGAUGACUACGCUCCACAACGACAUCACCCGUCAGAUUACCAAAAUCCAAGAAGCUGUAACCGCACAUGGAGGAGGUAAUGGCUCUUCAGCAGCAGCGACCCCGUGGCUUGGCAAAGAAGACGCAUGCUCCAAUAGAUACCGGCAUGCGUUCGCAAUCUUGUGUUUGGCUGAAGACCAAGAUGUAUUUGGAAACAAACAUACGCUGGAAGACCUCAGACCCCUCACUUGUUUCCCAAUACCUAACGAAAUCGCAAUUGCGGACGUCAUGCAACACCUCAAGGAAACCUUUGACAACAAGGUACCCGAAGAGCAGAGACUUCAUCAAACUACGAUAACAGCCACAAGCAACAAGGUACCUGAACAAACGUCGAUCACAGCCACAAAGAAGCAAGGAGCUCGGGUUGAAGAUGAAAAUGAGGAUGUGGAUGUGGAAGAUGAAGAUGAAGAUGAAGAAGUGGAAGAUGAAGAAGAAGAAGAAGAAGUGGAAGAUGAAGAAGAAGAAGAAGAAGUGGAAGAUGAAGAAGAAGAAGAAGAAGUGGAAGAUGAAGAAGGGUCUGAUGACAAAGAAUGA